CACAUUAUUUUAUAUAUUUUAAAUUUCAUAUAUAUAUAUAUAUAAAUUAUAGAGAAUAGAAAAAUGUUCGUAUAUCAAUGAUACUUGAUUAUUGUGUAUAAAAUAUAUCGUAACAUAUAAAAAAUAUUAAAAAUCGGUUCGUAAUGUAAAAAGUUAACCUCAAUCUAUUUACCUUAAACGUACACAAUUUUGUGACAAGUACACAUAAUCAAUAAUGGCCAGAGUAGUGAAAUUUUUCCAAACGAUAAGAAAUAAUUGGAAAAAAUCUGCAUUUGGUGCUGCUGUUUUAUCAUAUGGAGUUUCAUACAGUAAAGAGACAUACAACACUCAAAUGUUAAUGAGACAAUAUUGUGAGGAUGUAGUCAAAUAUGGAAACGAACCUUGUCCCACAACCAUAAAACCUCGCCAUGUCACAGUUAUUUUAAAUCCUGCUGCUAAAAACAGGAAAGCAAAGAAAUUAUUUGAGAAUUAUUGCGAGCCAUUGUUACAUUUAGCAGGAAUUGCAGUAACAGUUUUACAAACUGAAUCAACAAGUCAUACUCGUAGUAUAAUAGAAAAUUUAGACUUUGUAACCGAUGCUAUAAUUGUGGCAGGAGGAGAUGGUACUUUAUCUGAUGUUAUAACCGGUUUGAUGAGAAGAUACAAAAAUAAUCUUCAUUCUGUCAAACAAUGCUCAAUUGGUGUCUUACCACUGGGAGAAACAAAUACUGUUUCCCAUGCUUUAAAUUCUUUGCGCUUUAAUAAUUUACUUGAAAUACGUGAGAUGACGGAAGCUACAAUGGCUGUUAUAAAAGGCAACCAAAAGUUCAUAGAUAUUAUUGAAGUUCAAGCGCUUAAAGAAGAUUCUGAAAAUGAAUUAAAACCGGUCUAUGCAGCUGGAACAAUAGAAUGGGGUGCCUGGCAAGAUGCGUAUGCGCGAAGAAAUAAAUAUUGGCUUGGAAAAAAUUUAAGAAAAUAUGCAACUUUUAUAUUUAAUGGUUACAAAAAUAACUUAAACUGGAACUGUAAUGGGUUAUUGAAAUAUACUAAACCUUGUGCAGGUUGUUCUCAAUGCUAUGAAAAAAUAAAUACAAAUAUCGAUCAAUCUUUAAAUACAAAUAAAAAAUGGUGGCAUGCAUUUUUGUCUAGGAAAACAACAUUUACAUCAGAAAAGGUAAUUGACUAUAGCAAAAUUACGAAUGAAAAUUGUAACGUUUCGUAUGAAGUUCCUAUUUCAACAACUGACUUAUUUAUAAAAACCUCAUCUCUAGAUGACGUUGAACGUCAAGACUAUUCUUCAUUAAAAGUACAAUUAGGUCCAAAAGAUGUAGAUUAUAUGUCAUUCGUUAGGGAAGGCUGGAAAAGAAUAAAUGGAAAUAGAACCUUAAUAAAUUCCUCGUUCGAAGCAAAAGACAUUGAAUUGUACCCUGAAAAGAUUGAUAAACGAGUAUUUUAUAUCGAUAACGAAGAAUUUGAUUUAAUGGCAAUUCGAAUGAAAUUACUUCCAAAUUGUAUAAAAAUAUUUUGUUCUAAUGAGAAAGAUGUUAAUACACUAAGUAGAUAAUACUACUAGUAAAAAUUA